AGCUUGGUAGCCUACACUAGAAUGGAAGCAGCUGCUUUGUCGACCGUCCUGUGUGUGCUCGCACUUGUGGUAGCGGAUGCAGAUCAUCACGUCGUCCAUGUCCAAGGACGACGGCAUCGUCAGUGCCAACCUUUCUCCUGCGGCCAUCUCUCAAACAUAACUCAUCCUUUUCGCCGGCGAGGCGACCCUCGCAGGUGCGGCGUCUCGUCGUACGAGCUAGACUGCAGCAGCGAUGAUGGCAAGGCCACCAUUCGGAUCAACACAGGGAAAUACUAUGUGAGUAGCAUCGACUACACUGCUUCCAUCUUUUGGGUCGUCGACGCCAACCUGCAGGAUGAUGCAAACAGCAGCUGCCCUCUUCCUCGCUCGGACCAGCUGCCUUACGUUGGUCUGGGUAUCCCAGGAUCACACGACAGCUGGGACUUGGGCCUUGAUGAUAUGAUUACUUGGGUCGGCUUUGUCAAUUGUUCGCAGGAACUAAUUACGAACAGUAGUAGCAAAUACCAGCCCAUGAAUUGCCUGACCACGACUUCGUCCUACGUUUAUUAUAUGCUCCCAUCGUUUGGAGCACCAUCUAUCCAAGACAUCGAACCUUCUUGUGGAUACUUGGCCAUGACUCCUAUCGGCGGUGGCAGUAACGGUAACAGCAUUAAUCUGUCCGAAUAUGAAGAUGUUGUAAAAUCCAUGAGGGGUGGAUUUGCCGUCAAAUUUCCUACAUAUGGAGGACCUUGGACUACUUGGUAUGGUCUCAUCAAAGAUUGCCUCAACGAGUCUGUUAGCUUAGCUGAUAGCCAUGACAAUCCAUUACCCAGAGUAGGCAUCAAAGACCGGAUCAUUGACAUCCUUUCUAUUGACCUCCGUUUCUGGGGAUGCAUGAUAGGCAUAUCCAGACGGUAUUACCUCGACAUGCGUCUUUCCAUCAGCGACAUGAUCCGCGGCGUUGAUCAUUCUCUUUACCAUAAGCUCUUCAUAAUAUACACCUUGUGUCUUGUCAAGUGGAUUGCUGUGCUAUGCAGGUUUGUGUUCGCACCGUUGGUCGUGAUGAUUUUUCUUACUCGCAAGUACUGGAAAACAAGGAUUGCAAUUGAUGCAGUCGAAAAGUUCCUUCGGAUGCAAGAUAUGCUAGGCCCCAAGAGGUACGCCUACACGGACAUCAUAGCAAUCACAAGCCAUUUCAGAGACAAGCUGGGCCAAGGAGGAUAUGGGUCUGUGUACAAGGGUGUGUUUCUCCCGGGUGAUGUUCAUGUCGCCAUCAAGAUGUUGGAUGGCAACUCCAAUUGCAAUGGAGAAGACUUCAUUAGUGAAGUUGCCACCAUAGGCAGGAUCCAUCACAUCAACGUGGUGCGUCUUGUGGGGUUCUGCUCCGAAGAAAUGAGAAGGGCCUUGGUUUACGAAUACAUGCCUAGAGGAUCUCUAAACAAGUAUAUCUUCUCAUCCGAGAGAAGCUUCUCUUGGGACAAGCUCAAUGAGAUUGCUCUGGGCAUUGCUAGAGGGAUCAACUACCUGCAUCAGGGGUGCGAGAUGCAGAUUCUACACUUUGAUAUCAAGCCAGACAACAUCCUUCUUGAUGAUAACUUUGUUCCAAAGGUUGCUGAUUUCGGCCUCGCAAAACUGUACCCAAGGGAGAAGAGCUUUGUGUCAGAUAGGGCUUUACGGGGAACAGUAGGUUAUAUGGCUCCUGAGAUGGUAUCCCGGAGCUUUGGCGUUAUAUCUGACAAAUCCGAUGUUUAUAGCUUUGGAAUGUUGUUGCUUGAGAUGGCUGGAGGUAGAAGGAAUGCAGAUCCAAAUGCAAACUCAAAUGCAAGCAGGGCAUACUACCCAGCAUGGGUGUAUGACCAGCUGAUAGCAGAUCAACAAGUUGAUGAGAUAUCCAAUGUUGCUGACAUGCAUGAGCUGGAGAGGAAGCUAUGCCUUGUUGGGCUGUGGUGCAUUCAGAUGAAAUCACACGAUCGCCUGACGAUGAGCGAGGCAAUAGAGAUGCUCGAAGGGGGUGUGGAUGCGCUGCAAGUGCCUCCGAGACCAUUUUUCUGCGAUGGGGAUGGCAUUGGCAAUGGCAUGCCACCUCCACAAGUCAUGGAUUCUUACUUUCACUCCUCCGAGCUUACUGCAAUUUCAGAAGAGGACGAUGGAAUAUCUGAAUUAGCCAGUAGCUAGGCUGUGAUGACAAUGAUGAAUCUAGCUAGCAAUUAGCGUUCAUAAAUAAUGGUUGUUAUUAUUCCAUAUUCAUCGAUCCAACAAUUGAUAUUUACUAAUGCUUAAAAUUUUUUCCGUGUAUGAAAUACUACUAUAAAUAAGCAACUAGCUGCUGGUGCUAGUGUGUUAUUAGUCAUCAAG